AUAUUUUAUUGUUCAACAAAAACAAACAAACUAUCCAUUUCAUAACAGAAUAUAAAACGUUCAUCGAAGAACAAAACCUCACUCACCUUCCAUUACAUUCUUGCUACUGAUUCAUCGAAGAACAAAACCAUAACAGAAUAUAAAACGUUCAUCGAAGAAUAAAACCAUAACAGAAUAUAAAACGUUCAUGGAAGAACAAAACCUCACUCACCUUCCAUUACAUUCUUGCUACUGAUUCAUCGAAGAACAAAACCUAAUGAGACAGCUUGUUCUUAACGCGUUCUCUUCAACUUCUCAUCCAUUCAGCUCAAGAAAUGGUGAAAUUCACAAACAAUUUCGCAAUCAUUUCAUCACUGGUGCCAAGAGAUUUAACGGCGUGGAACAAGAAUUCAUAUUCCGUUCUAAACUUCCAGACAUUGAAAUCUCAACUCACCUUCCAUUACACUCUUACUGUUUGGAAAACCUCUCUAAAUUCCAUAACCGUCCAUGCCUCAUCAACGGCGACACCGGCGAAUCAUUCACAUACUCCGACGUCCACCUCACCGUCCGCAAAAUCGCUUCGGGUUUAAACACUAUCGGAGUCAAUCAACAUGACGUCAUCAUGCUCGUACUCAGUAACUCUCCUGAAUUCGCACUCGCUUUCCUCGGUGCCUCGUACCGCGGCGCCGUUAUCACCACCGCCAAUCCCUUGUACAGCUCAUCGGAACUCGCGAUACAAGCAGUCGCAACAAAAACGAAACUCAUCGUAACUCAAUCAGCAUACGUCAGCAAAAUCAACGAAUUCGCAAAAAGAAACAACAUCAAAAUCGUGUGCAUCGAUGAUUCAUCAUCAUUGGAAGAAGACGUUGUUGAUUUCUCUGUUUUAACGAAUGCUGAUGAAAACGAAGUACCGGAAGUGAAAAUAAACACUAACGACGUCGUUGCGCUGCCGUUUUCUUCAGGAACCUCUGGACUUCCAAAAGGAGUUAUGUUAACACAUAAGAAUUUAGUUACAACAAUAUCUCAGUUAGUUGAUGGUGAAAAUCCUCACCAAUACACUAACGAAGAGGAUGUGUUACUCUGUGUCUUACCUAUGUUUCAUAUCUAUGCGCUCAACUCGAUUUUACUGUGUGGAAUUCGUUCUGGUGCUGCGGUAUUGAUUUUGGAGAAAUUUGAGUUUAAGACCUUACAGUUGAUUGAAAAGUAUAAAGUGACGGUAGUGUCGUUUGUGCCACCUAUUGUUUUAGUGUUGGUAAAGAGUAGAAAGUUACAUCGAUACGACUUGUCGUCUGUUAGAAGGAUGAUAACAGGUGCUGCACCCAUGGGAAUGGAACUUGAACAAGCUGUCAAGGAUAUGAUGCCACAGAUUGUGCUUGGACAGGGAUAUGGAAUGACAGAGGCAGGACCACUUUCUGUUAGCUUAGCAUUUGCAAAGGAACCGUUUAAGACAAAACCCGGUGCAUGCGGCACGGUGGUGAGAAACGCCGAGAUGAAAAUAGUGGACAUAGAAACCGAUGCUUCUCUACCAAGAAACAAAGCGGGUGAAAUUUGUAUUAGAGGCACGAAAGUUAUGAAAGGAUACCUAAAUGAUCCUGAGGCUACAAAGAAAACUAUAGACAAAGAUGGAUGGCUUCACACAGGUGACAUUGGUUUAAUUGACGAUGAUGAUGAACUUUUCAUUGUUGAUCGAUUAAAGGAAAUGAUUAAGUGCAAAGGAUUUCAAGUUGCUCCUGCUGAGCUUGAAGCAUUGCUGAUUGCUCACCCAAACAUUUCUGAAGCUGCUGUUGUACCUCUCACAUUGAAAGCUGAAGUUGGUGAACAAGUCCCGGUAGCAUUUGUUGUUAGAUCAAACGGUUCAAAGAUCACUGAGGAUGAAAUCAAGCAAUACAUUUCACAAAAGGUUGUACUUUAUAAGAGAAUACACCGAGUUUAUUUCAUGGACGCUAUUCCUAAAGCUGCCUCGGGCAAAAUUCUGCGAAAGGAAUUAACGGCAAGACUUAACGAAGGACCAGUGGUAUGA